AUGCAAUUUCUGUACCAGAAUCAUGUAGGACAUAAUUCGUAUCCUAAUAUGCUAGAUUAUUCCUCCUUUGGUGGAAAUCCCAAUAUGAUGGCUCAACAAUCCUCGCAGCAGUAUCCAUAUGACCUAGUGCAAUCUAGCCAACUGUUUCAGAAACUUCCCAUUCAAUUGGCAAAAUCUUAUGACUCCUUUGAUCUUUCAAAGUCACCCAAUUUAAAGUUUCCACCUCAAUAUCAACAGGUGAAUCCAGAGGACUCUGAAAUGCCAUCAUCAAAAGUGAAAAUGGAAAGCCCGGUAUUUUCAUCUACAUUUAGCGAACCCCCUGAAACGAAUGCUAGUAAAACUACUUUAAAGGGCCACUUCAAACCAACACAAACGAAGCGUAAUGCGAGACCACGAAUUAACAAGCUAAAUAGAAGCGAACCACUUCUUCUGAGAAUUAAUACAAAGAAACCAAGGCUUUCAAAUACAGCGAAUUUGAUGGCUGAAUUAUCAACUGAUGGAUUAUUUAGACAUUUUCAGGAUACAUUAAAGAUAGAGAAACCAGAUGGAUCUCAAAAGGCGUCUUUCUAUUUAAGAAUGAAGAACGAAUUGGAGCGACAGCUAUUUGAUUUAUUUGUGAAUCACUUGUCAAAAUCGAUAGACAUAUUCUUUCCACAAGAAGUAUUCCGGAAGAUUAUACCUGAGUUAGCAUUAAACGACGAAACCAAUAUGAUAGUAUGUUCUAUAUUUUGUUUGAGUUCUUUAAUGUUACAGAGAAUUAAUCCUGAUAAGUUUGACCUGUCUAUAACGGUUAGGUAUUACCAUCAAACUAUUACAUCUAUAAGACACUAUCUAAGUAUACCUGAGAUUGAAGAAAAAGAUAAUGGUAUCAUGGCCCGAUGCUUACUAAGUACAAUCUUGUUAUGUAUAUAUGAAUUAUUCUUCGUGGCCAUUGACAGUACUUACAUUAAAGGGGCAUCAAGUAUAUUGUCAUCAAUUUUAAUGAAGAAUAGUGGGAAUAAAAGCUUACUUAAGGAUUCUCCAUUUUAUCAGAUCUGCUUUUGGCCUAUGUUAUUAUGUGAUUUAAUAUUUUCGUUGAAGUAUAAUUCACCAAGCAUGUAUUCUAUCGAAAGCUUUUGGAAACCAUUGGACCCAGAAUAUUUUGAAUCAUAUGGAGAGUUUUCUACCUAUGGCUCAUCCAAAACUGAAAAUGAUGCCGAAUUGGUAAAACUAACCACCACGAAGGUAAAUACUACGUGGUGGAUACAUAAAUCUAUGAUUGAUUUCAGUUCCAUAACCAAAUUCAAGAAUGACAUUAAUGUUUUAACUAAAGAGGAUUUCGAAUCUAACAAACCAUAUUUAGAAUGGUUAGAUCUAAAGAAAAACCUCGACACCUUUGAGAAGCAAAUGCCUUUGACAAUAAAACCAACAAUAUAUAAAUCAUGUUCCCGUCAUAGACUUUUUCCAAUAAUUUACUUCAAAGACGAAGCAACAGCCAUAAUUGGCUUGAACUAUAAACUAGCCAAGAUAAUGUUGUACGAAGCAUUGAUCCAAAAGACGAACCUAUCAGAUCCUUUAGCACAAGCGGAGUAUUUGAAAUAUCCAAAACAUUAUGCUGUGAAGUUGGCGAAGGAUGUAAUAGGCAUAAUCAAAACUUAUGAUGCCAAUUUGUCUGUUUGGACAGUAAACGCACAUGCUCUCAGGUACGUUGCCCAUUACGUGCAACAUGAACCUGAAGCGUCCAAGGGGUUAGAAGACCUAGUGGAGAGGCUUAUGGCAAUUUGUCAUUUGUGUCUCUAG